CCGGUAUCUUGAACCAGACUGGUCCGGCGAGGUGAAGUGGCAUACCACGGAGCUGUAUCUAGAAAUCAUCGUUCUGGCAACACGGCGCGGAAUGAAGUUUGACAGGAAAUAUUACCAGCCUCCCGACGACGAUGAUCCUUCCUCUCCUCAGUGGACAGGGUUUAUCAACAGCUGCGUAUCAUUGAACUCGCAGCAAAGGUAUUGGGAAGCGCAGCAGAUCGUGAGCAUUUUGCUCCCAGUCCUGCCGUCCACGGAAGCCGAUAGUCUGUUUCGGAGGUAUGUGAGCAGUCUGGAGGGGACUCCUCUCAUGACAUCCACCGCAGUGGCUCGCCUAGCCGCGAGCAAGAGUCUUUUAUUGCGGGUCCUAGUCGACCCGCAGAACUGGAUCGUGGGAGGGACUCUCUUGCAGACUGUGCAGGAGGCCAUCCGUAUCAGGCCCGUGGUCGAGUACCUGUUUACUCGCCCGGAGGAGGUAGAAACCGGGAUAUAUGACGAAUGGCGCCAGCAUUUGUGGACACUCAUGGUUCAUGAGGAAGUGGAACACAAUCAGGCAGCUUUGUCAAUCCUGCUGAAUGCGGCCAGUGCGCAUGGUAUACGUCCUUUUCUGUGGGCCGCUGAAAAGGGCAAGGACACCAUGAAGGCUAUGGCCGAUAUCUUCAGCAAUCGACUGGGCUUACAAGAAGAGGAAGUCCGGACCAAAUUUGUGAAGAGCUUCAUAAGUUGGCGCGAAAGCCGACGAAGGUCAUUGGUUUGGUGUGCGUUGGAAUCCGAUUCGAUCAAGGCCGCCGAGUUCGCCAUAGAAGUCGCCAAGUCAGACCCCAAUGAGCUGGGCGAUGACAACACUCCUCCUCUGAUUCGAGCAGUGGGGUUAGGCAAAAUAGAGUGGCUUCAAUUUCUGCUCGCUUUGGACCAAGUCGAGCCAGACUUACAGGACCCGAGUCGGCGUUCAGCUUUGUCCUGGGCAGCAGAAGCUGGGUCUGAACAAAUGGUUCAGCUGCUUACUCGUUCAGAGAAACUGAACCCUGACUUACAGGAUUCCAAAGGUAGAACCCCAUUGUCGUGGGCAGCAGGUAGCGGGCAUGCACAGGUCGUUGAUUUGCUUGUUCACAAUCCGCAGGUCAAUCCGAAUUCUGUGGACUCCAGUAGUUGGACCCCUUUAUCAUGGGCUGCUGCAAAAGGACAUCACCAGGUCGUGAUUACGAUGCUCAAGAUCCCCCACAUUGAAGUAGACACCCCAGACAAAGACGCCAGGACUGCUCUCUCAUGGGCGGCGGGAAAGGGGCAUGUCGAGGUGGUCCGGUUGCUACUGCAGGAUUCAAGAGUGGAUGCCGACUCACGAGACCAUCGUGGCGCAUCGCCUCUUCUAUGGGCAAUCGUUAAAGGCCAGUCAUCUACCGUUCGUAUCUUGCUUGGGAGCGAUCAGGUCGAUGUCAACAUGAAAGACAAAAGAGGGCGGACGCCACUCACAUACGCAUGUGAAAUUGGGGGGUUAGAUGAGUCAGGAAUUCUCCUGCUCAAGCACGGUGCGGAUCCGGUCGCCCGGGACUCCAACGGUUGGACACCAUUGAUCUGGGCAGCUGCUAGCGAUAGACCAUUCAUAGUCGAAAAGCUCCUUCAGAUUAAGGAAGUCGAUGUGAACGCAACGGAUCCAUCCGGUCGCACGGCGAUGUCCCACGCAGCUGAGCGUGGGCGUCUGAGGACAAUUGAAGUCCUACUCAACCCAGCGGACCCGAAUAUCAAGGAUGAGAAUGGAUGGACCCCACUGUUCUGGGCUGCCUCCAAAGGCAAUACCAGUAUCGCCCGGCUACUGCUCCAAAGUGACAAGGUCGAUGUGAAUAUAACCGAUGGAUCGGGCCGCACAGCGAUAUUCCAUGUAGCUGAGCGUGCGUCCACGGAAAUGACGAGGCUCCUUCUAUCGAGGGCUGACCCGGAUACCAAAGAUCAGCAGGGGUGGACGCCCUUGAUGCAGGCUGCUGACCGGGGAUCUGUUCGUUUGGUUCGAGAGCUACUUGCAACGGGGAAGGUCGAUCCUGCUUGGAGCAGCUCGGAUGGUUGGACUGCAAGGACACGCGCACUGCUUCAUGGCCAUGAUGCAGUGGUAAGACUGCUGGAUGAUCACCUUGCACCAACCUGAUUGGCAGAGUCCGAAAGCAUCAGCCAAAAGGCAUGGCGACGAGGUCGGGACUCGAUGAAUAGAUUUCCUUGCUCGAUACAAUAUAUCACUGCAGCACGAUAUUGCCAGGAUUGCAUGUAGCAUCAUAGUCAUCCUUUAAAAUAGCUGUUCGGGUCAUCGAAUCUCCUUGAAGGGACUACCUAACUGGCACAUAUGCUUGAGCAUGGCCAUACCCCACGGAACAGUGUAGAGAGAAUAUGCGCGGCUGAGUGAGCACAGAUGUAGG